AUGAGAUUAUUUGCCCUCAGCAUCACAAUUUUGCUGGCGCGCGCGGAGAUAGGUCUCCACCUUCUCGACGGGACAGACACGCCGACGCUCCAUCGUGAUAUAGCCGCACCGAGCACGGUCUCGAUCGAAGACUUACUGAAACCGUUCGCCGGCAAAAAGCCGGGCCUCGCCUUCCGCGUCCACGCCGACAACGACGCGAAGGCCGCGGGCGGCGUCGCCGAUGCCGUCGUCGCUUCGUUGCGAGAGUCCGGCUUGCCCGCGGACCCGGCGGAGGCGGUCGCCGUCCUCACUAAAUCUCCCGUGCCGCUUUCGAUCACGCUCCAGUUCGAGUACCUCGAGACCGCGUGGCCUGUUGGCGUCAAGAAACUAGCGGAGGCGUUCGGCGAGACGAAUGGGCGGGCAGAAGUUGAGGGAGGCUUGCUGCUCCACGCCUACCUCUCGACGGCUGGCGCCGCUGCGCUCCCAUCGCACGAAGAUCUAGGUGAUAUCCUCGUCGUCCAGCUCUCGGGGGCCAAGACGUGGACGUUCGACGGCGAUGAUUACGUCGUGACGCUCGAGCCGGGCGACGGCCUCGUGAUCCCGGCCGACACGCGCCACGCCGCCCGCGCGACCGAGGGCGGCGUCUCUGCCCACCUGACGAUCCACCGCAUCGGCGAGCACCAGACCGACGUCGCGCGUCGGCAGCUUCGCUUCGACGACGAGGACCCGCGGCGGUGCUACUCGGGAGACGCGUACUGCCCCUCCGCAUGCGAGGGCGACUGCGACGACUGCGUGUAUUGUACGGACGCCGACACGAUUUGCCGCAGCGAAGUCGAGAAGAAUCCUUUCUACGACGGCUAUCCCUACAACAUCUGCUGCCUCACCGUCGGCUACGAGAUAGAGCGGGCGGAGCCGUGCGAAUGCCCGCGCUGGCCCGGGCCCGACCCCGAUUGCUCGCCGACGUACCAGCCGACGAAGAAACCUACCUCGCCAGGAGGAUACGCCCCCACGUACAAGCCGACGCGCAAACCCUCUGGCUCGGGAGGAUGCGAAGAUGACGAAUCUUGGAAAUACGACGCGGGUGAAAAGGGUGAAAAGGGGUGUGACCACGUCGCUAGCGAGCCGGACAAGGUCGAAAAGCGAUGCUCGCAGCGCGUGUCGGAAGACGGCGUCCCCGCGUACGAGGCGUGUAAGCUCACGUGCGGCACGUGUUCCUUCUCGCUCCACGACAGCGACAUGACGUACAAACAGUGCAAAAAGGCGUGCGAGAAGAAGGGCCUCCGGAUGCCGUGCAUCACCUCGAGGGCUGUCGACGAGGCGCUCGAGAGCGCCAUAAAGCUAGAACGGGACUAUUCCGGCUGGAUCGCCUACAAUGACAAGGAUACGGAAGGCGAGUUUGUCUGGGAGGACGGCUGUACGUCGUCGUACACGAAUUGGGACGCGGGUCCGCCCCAAGAACCCAACAACGACCCCAACUUUGGCGGCGAGGACUGUACGAUCAAGUGGAACGAUGGUACGGUAUGGAACGACGUGCCUUGUGAUUUCACCUACCCGUGCUACUGCCAGGCCGUGAAGGGAGGCGGGUACUAG